UGGAACCAUGUCGAUUAUUCUUGGAAUAUUGUUGCUCAUAAAUUUCAGUUAUGGACUAUCGGCGGACGAAUCAGAGCUCGUGGUUGAGACAGCACUUGGAAGUGUUGAGGGUUCUUACAGAAAAAGUAGUCUUGGAUACAAGUACAGGGCCUUUGAAGGGAUUCCAUACGGAAAACCACCAAUCGACGACUUGAGAUUUGAGCCCCCGGAAAGAUAUGGCCCCUGGGAGGGUACGUUAAUGGCAAAAAGACCUCGAAGUGGUUGUGUCCAAUUUGCUCCUGAGACCGUCAAUUUACCCGAAAGAGUCCACGGAGAUGAGGAUUGCCUCCACCUGAACAUCUACACGCCCUCAAAUCUCCCAAAAAAUCAAUUGAAUUUACUUCCUGUCUUGUUUUGGAUCUACGGUGGAUCCUUCCAGUUCGGAGAGGGUUCCAACGAGGGCUCGUCCUACAUCAUGAACCGAAAUUUAAUCUUCGUGACCUUCAAUUACCGUCUCAACAUUCUAGGUUUUAUGAGCACCGGGGAUGGAGUGGUACCUGGGAAUAUGGGUCUGAAGGACCAAAGUUUGGCUCUUCGAUGGAUUCACGAGAAUAUCGAGUCAUUUGGUGGUGAUCCAAAUGGAAUUACUCUCGGUGGAGUCAGUGCUGGAGGUUCCAGCACUCAUUUUCACUAUCUGAGUCCCAUGAGUCGUGGGCUCUUUCAAGGAGGAAUGUCAUUUAGUGGAACUGCUCUGGAUAAUUGGGCCCAAACCGAGGGCAGCGGUGAAAAAGCCAGGAAGGUGGGAUCAUUGAUGGGAUGUCCUACAGAAAAUACCAAAGAAAUGGUUGAUUGCUUGAAGAAAAAACCUGCAAAAAAAAUCGCCGCCCAAGUCGGGAAUUUUCAGCCAUUUAUGUUCAACCCGGAUGUGCCCUUCGGGCCAGUAGUGGAGCAGAGCUCCUCGUCACCGUUCCUGGAUCGAACUCCAGUGGAGAUAAUCAGGAGUGGUGAUGCUGCUGAUCUUCCCUGGAUAUCAACCGUCGUUUCCGAGGAAGGGCUCUUCCCCGUGGCCGAGUUCAUCGAGAAGAAAGAAAUUCUGGAAGAGCUGGACGAGAAAUGGGUGGAAAUCGCCCCUCAUCUCCUGGAUUUCAAUUUCACUGUUCCACAGGAUGAACAAGCAUCUGUGGCGGAGACGAUCAGACAUCAUUACUUCGGUGGAAAUAAAAUUGAUAAAAAGAGUGUUAUGUCUCUGGUUUACUUGCAUGGACAUCGAUCAUUCUCACCACUGGGCGCCAGGUUGAUGGCAAAAUACAAUCGGAGUCCUGUGUGGGUUUAUUAUUACAAUUAUCGAGCACAAAUAAGUUUGACUGAUUUGUUCAAUGUCACUGGAAAUUACGGAGUUUGUCACAGUGACGACGUCUUAUUAUUUAUAAUAAAGUCAGAACUGGCGGAGAUCACCGAUGAACCAACGUUAAAAAUGCAGAAGAUUCUCUUGGAUAUGAUAAAAUCCUUCAUGUUGAAUGGAAAACCAUCUGUUGGAGUCAGCUGGCCCCCAGUGAAGCCAGCCAAGAAAAAUCUGAGGUAUCUCCAUAUUUCAGGACCUGAAGACCUCAGGGCCAAAGUCACAUCGAAUUUCGCUCAGGAGAAAUUCUGGUCUUCAAUAUCUUUCGACGAGAAUAGAAUAUAAAUAUCAAGAGAUGUAUAUCUUUUUAUAAAACAAUUGAAGUGAAGAAAAUAAAAUUAA